AUGGCUACGAUCAUGGAUACCAUGAUCGCAACUGUCCUCAACCUGGUGCAGGCUGCUGGCCCUCAAGGUCUAUCGAUCCGAGAAAUCUUCGACGGUUUGGCAAGUGAAUAUCUGGACCAUCUGGACCCUGCUAGGAGAGAUGCAGUCUGGAAGGAAUUCAGGGCGCAACGCAAUAUCUUCAUCAAAGAUCCGGAAGGCAAGGAGAUGCCAAUCAACACCACGCGGUUCCGUAUGAUGAGCUUCACAGAGAUGGAGUCCGACAACCUGAGUUGCACACAAGUCUUUCGCGAGGAGCUCCCGCUCGCAGGAAUCAAGAGAAAGUCAAGCUUCGGCGAAGAAUCUGCAGCCAAGCGUCGUUCUCCAUCGCCCACAGUACCGCCCGACAUCGCGAAGUUCGUGCAUCCACUGCUAGCUCCCAGAGCAAUCUCUUACGUAUCCCCAUACUCAUCGCCUUAUGCUUCGGCGCCCAUCCCACAAGUUGCAGUCCCUGCACAGCCCCCGACAGUUCCUCAACCCUUAUACAAUCCUCUUCUCGCUGCGCAUGCAGCAUACAAAGUGUCCCAAACUACAACACCUAUCGCCGCUCAGCCAUCGAUGUCUGGAUAUGUACCUCUUCCUCCACCACCCCAUGUCUCUUAUCAACCAUAUGUACACGACGGUUCGACUGCUUGGUCAGACGUCCUCGCCCCACAACCUAUUCCGAAAGCUCCCCAGCCCCCAUCGUCUCCAGCUUCUCGACCAAAGAACCGGAAGCCGCGUAAGCGCCGAACCCCAAAGCCGCAAAACCAAGAAGGCGAUACUCAACCAAUGGAGUACGAAAUGUCAGAAGACACCACCAUCAAUAAUGAGUAUCCAUUGCAACCUCUGGUCUUUGCCCGUAAGAGAAGAAUGCCCCGUCAGAAUCCCGAAGAAAGGCCGAGCCAGAAGCCCCGACAGAAUCAUCAGCCAGAUGAGGACUUCGCUGCAGAACUCGCACAAGCACAAGCUGCUGUCCUGCCUGAAGGUUCAACUCGUCUUGCCUGUAUAUUCAAUGGAAUCUGUGGACACCUGGUCCUGUCAAAAGACCUGUCCGUGUUGGAGUUCAUCCAGGCUCUUCAACCUACUUCAAACACCCCAAUGCUUGUCUUGCCCAUUGGCAAGCUUGCCGAAGAACCCAUUACAUCUACGAAGGGGUCCGAUCCGAUGGAGCUUCGCAUCAAAGCCACUAACGACAAGAAAGAGAAAAUUACAUACAGCUUCACAUUUGUCGAGACUGGUGUGGAGCCCGAGCCAGCACAUCUCAUGCGCCAUCAGAUCAUCACUGCCGUGCUUAGUGCGGAGUUUGGACCGGACGAUGAUCUUCCUCCAGUUGGUGAUGUCUACGGUUCUGGAGAUGUGCAACCGAACGCCGCUCAGAACUCUAAGCAAUCUACCAAGCCGGGAGAUUCGCAACAGAGCGUGGAUGAUGAGUUUGGACCAGACGAUGAUCUUCCCUCGCCUAAUGAUUUUUCCGCGCCUGAUGAUCUAGAUCGGGUGCAACUCCAGCAGCAACAGCUUCAAGAAGCCCUAGCCCGGAAGUCCCGAAAACCUAAGCAAUCUGCCAAGCCGGGGGAUUCGCAACAGACGGUCGAAGAUGAGUUUGGACCAGAUGGUGAUCUUCCCACCCUUGAUGAUCCAAAUUUUGCCCAGCUCGUGCAACAACAGCAAGACCUCCAAGCCCAACUAGGCUCUCUCUAUGGCUCCGGAGAUCCACAACCAAGCGCCCAGAAGCCCGAGAAGUCUCAGAACCCAAAGAAGACGAAAAAGGAAAAGAAGUACGAGAAGGUCGACGCUUCCGACAAACCUUACAUGUGUGCCAAUUGUGGGAAACGAUGGAUGCAGUCUUGGGGCUUGGAUUAUCAUCUCACAAAGUCCAACUCCCCUUGCAAUCCUAAUGCCGAUAUGACCGCCUACGAAGAGAAAAGGGCGAGAAGAGAGGCACGUCAUGGUUCGAAGAAGUCAAAUGGAGCAAUCAAGUCUGGUUCGCUCGACGACCCACAACUAUCCGCACAGCAGCAGGUCGGAGAAGGAGGUCCAUCAAACACAUCUCUUGAUAAUGAGGUGCGCGUUGAAGAUGGUGACCCCCAAGUCGACUCGCCGUCCACAUCGGAGGACAUCCUACCUCAGGACAUACCACUUCCUCCCGAGACGCCCAAGCCGAAGCGGCGCCAGCCAUCAAAGAAGCAGGCUGCCAGUGCAUCAUUGCAACGCGAGCCACAGGUCAGCGAAACUGAAGAGCCUCGCACAGAGAGAUCUGGUCAAAAGAGGAGACAGAGUGAACGGAAGUCCAAGCAAGCCACUCGUGCGCAACGUGAGGAGGCCGAGCAAUCUGAUGCGUCUGCAAGCAGUGACGAUUCUAUCUUUGAAUGGGCUCAGAAGUACAGCACAACCGGUGUUGAGCGACCUCGCAAAGGUCGAGUUGUCAACAAUCUCACAACUACUCCUUCCAACAAGAAGAUGUACAAGGCCUUGCCCUUUGAAUCAUUUGCACUUGGAGAAUUGGUUGAUCAGAUGGCAAUGCAUAAUAGCAUGUCUAAAUUGAUUGCAGGCGUUCCUGCUCUGGAGGGUAUGGAGGAAGUAACUGAAUCAUCGGCCAUCCGACAUUGCGAGGAGAUCCUACUGUCUGUCGUCCAAGGAAACGACGGGUUUUUCCCUGGCGACAUGGCCAUCUGGAUUGGUUUCGUGGACAUAUGGGUGAAGACUUUCGGCUUCGCCAUGCCUAGAAAUGACGUCCUUCCCGAAUCCAAGCUGUGCAGCAAGACUGUCGAUCAUCUCAUUGAGACCAAGCGACUUCGUUGUGUGGACUUUACAUGGAUUGACUCCAAGAAGCGAGAAAUCACCCGCACCAUUCUCAUCUUGGCUGGAUCCCAAGUCGACUCUAAAGCGAUUGACGCACUCAAAGCGCUGAUUCAACAAUGCUACCCCGACCUCUACGUACCCCCGCAGUUUGCACCCCCCGAGCCCUUUCUCUCCAGAUUGAACGCACUUGCCACGCGCAGACUCCCCCAAGCCGAGCGAGAUAGACUUCGCAGAAAGGAGGAGGGAGCCGCAUCGUCGGACCCAGAUCCCCCCCCACAGAUGAUUGGUGACGAAUCUGAUGAUGAUUUCGUAGUUGGCGAGGCUGAGGAGGCGGAUGAGGACGCAGAUGAAGACGCGGACUCCAUGGGGGAUGAGUUGGACAACGAGGGCAACUGGCAGGAUGACGAUCUGGACCUCGAUUCCGACGAAAAGAAGCCCAAGAGGAAGACCAAGAGAAAAGGCGAGAAACGGGGUGACGGACGGGCGAGACAACGAAGCCCUACGCACAACAAAGCAAUCUCUGAAGGUCUGCGCCGAAACUGGGCCACCAGGAAGGCCAAAAACCCUGAUAGCUUCUUUCCAAAACGGAAGAGCCGAAACGUGGUGAAGAAACUCCUAACUGAAGAAGAAAAGGCCCAGCGAGCAGAAACUGCAUAUCUGAAUAAGCGAUCCUGGGAUGCUCAGCCAGCUUUCAUGCCCAAUCCUGCAACAGGUGCAUGGGAUCAAGAAACCGAGCAGAAGAAGUCGAGAAAGGGUGUUCGCCACAUACCCAAGCCGAAGAUUCCUUAUCCCAUCACCUACAUGCAGGCUAAGGAUGGUACUUGGUCACUUCAGCCCUACGGCCAUGGUGCCCCGCCCAUUCAUGCCCGUCCGUUGCGAAGAAUGGAUGAGGGAGCUUAUGUGAAGCGCGCUCAUCGAGACCACCGCCCGGUUAUCUUUCCCAAGAAGAACCGCAUGUUCCUACCUGCGAACCCCCCGAAGGCUCUCCUGGAGCAAAAUCUGCUUACCCCGGCACCCUAUUCCGGGAGCAUCUCCAGAAUAACCGGCAAACCAAAGCGCAAAUACGCCCGCAAAAACCAACCCGCAAAGAAGCCAACGGCGGCUUGUCGCACUUUAUCAAAGGUCACCGGAAAGACGGUUCGCCCUUAUCAGCGCAAAUUCCCAACCUUUGUUCCAGAUAACUCAAAGGACACGAAGAAGCGAACCAAGAAACCCAUCAAUGAGGCGAACAUCUUGAGGUUCUUCGAGCCCAAAAAGUUGUUACCUGGCGCACCAAGAAAUGUUGGCCUCGAGUUCCUUCCCCCAACUUUUGGCCUCCCUGCCUCAUCAUACAAAGGACCGUCUCCCGGAGUGCACCAAUUUCAACCCGAUUACCGACGCCUGAUAUUCAUUGCGCCGAGCAUUGUUACAGGAGGUGAGGAUCCCCACCGUGGAUCUUGGACCGUCGGUUUGUGGCGCCCUGUCGCGUCUGGAAGUUUGACCCUCACUUGGAACGAUGCCACUGCCUUCGACCUGGAGUCGCUGCCCGUUGACAAGCUAGACUUCGGCCGUGACGAUCAUUAUCGAUCCAUCAAGCAGCCAGCUAAGAGGAGAGGAGGAAAGCCCCGACCUACAUUUACGCUUAUACCCCCCAAGAAGCUCACCAAAGGAAUGAGAUUCAAAUAUACACGAGCCCUCACCGCUCUUCCCAGCGACUUUAAGGAUCUUUUCGAGGAUGCGAAGGAUGCCACCAAAGAGCUCGGGGUUCAGAUUGGCCAGCCCAAUCGCGCCGCGCAAUUCAACAGACGAAUCAAAGGGUCAAAGGCGAUCUUGUCUCCUCGAGACGAGAAGCGACUCAUCCUCACUGUGGCCACUAUCCGCACUUUGACGGGUGGGGUCACCGCCCUGAUUGAUUGGGUCCUUGUAUCUCAAUCCUUCCAGGAUUAUACUUGCAAUUUCCUCGCGAAGUACUGGAAUGGCCUUCAGCGCUCCAGGAGGGAUGUCAUUGAACGCUUGAUCGAGGAUUUCCAGAAGGCUUUCCUACAAGCAUACCAAAAGAAUAAAGUUCCUAAGAUCGACUACGACCGUCUGACGGAGUAUCAGUUCCACCAGCUCGUCAAGUGGGCUCUCAGAAACAAGAACAUUAACACCUCAAUGACGACGAAACAAAACAAGAUUCGGGAAUCCAGAAAUCUGAUCGAGGGCAAGUUCAGCGUUACGGAAGUUAGUCCGGAGGCAAACGAGCGGCCCUGGAGAGACCAAUUCGACAGUGAGAAGACCGCACUUUACAAGAAGAUGGAUAUGGCAGUCGCUGAACCACGGUCGGUGCUGUCGAUGCCGAAGGAGAGUCCCAAAAUGAGCAAGGAUGAGCUUCAAGUGAUUCGAUCUUGGGUCAGAGCCGUAGCUGUAACACCACCAGAAGACUAUGAUGCCAAGAUUGCGCAGGAAAAAUUGCUCUCCAUUAUCAACGGGGAGAACAUCAACAUCCAGAAAGAGAAGAUCAAGCACGUCUUGACAAUUCUGCAGGAGCAAAAAAUCCUUCUGAGAGCAAGCAGGGUGCGAAGACUUUUCGGAUGCGUCUUUGAAGUCACUGGGAAGUUCCUCGAACCGUUGAACAAGAUGGAUGUCCAGGUAGAGCAAGUGAUCGAUGCCGCCAUGGCAAAGUGGUACUUGGACCAGCGCUUUUGGCUAGACGAGCCUGUUCCGCACAACUACUUCACCACCGCAGGUUGGAUGCUAGCUGUUACCUCGAUGCAGGCUAUGGGUGAUAUCCACACAAACACGAAGGUGUGGCCGAGCCAAGGCAAGAAGAUGGGAAUGCUCGACGGCGGCGGUUACGAAACAAGACAGAUACCCAAAGAGUCCUAUCGAUUCGACCUCUUCCUCAGUCCCAGGGAGGGCUUCUACGUCUACGACUGCGACAACGAGACCCUCAAGAAGUUCUUGGAGGCGGAACCUCCGCGUGGCUCAGCAGCGGGCGAGCUCCCGAUCUGGUGGGGCAUCACAGGCAAGCUCAACCGAGACAUCUGGAAGAGAACUUUGUGUUCCAUAGCCUCGCUCAUGAAGACCAGAUCCGGCAUCAACAUCGAGGGUCUCAAGCAGCAUUUUGGCUACACAUUUGAGGAGUGGGAGUUGCGCCUCGUCAUGGAAUGGGGCACGGAGCUCGGCCUUUUCUACGGCUCUUACCCCAAGCAGAUCGAGGGGUGGAGACUUGGUUUCUGGUGGUGGCUCCUGCUCGGGAGGCUGUUUGAUGAUGGGGUUGCGGUGGGGAAAGGGAAGUAG